CCUUUUCUACCACAGUCUUAUCGCUUGUUCCAUUAUCAGCGUUCCUCAUUUCUUAUCAGAGGUUAAAGUCCAUUCUCUCGAUCUGUCACUCCCUGUGACACUUCCUUAUGAAAAAACAGAAUCGAAAUCAGAGAAGAGGGCUCACUUUUCAGUAAAAAUUAGACUCAAGAAUAGAUAGCGUUAGAAGAAAGAAGAGACAGAGAGAGACAGAGAGCGAGAGUCACACACACAGAGAGGCAGAUAGACACAGAGAGAGAGAGAGAGACAAUAAAGGGUGAAAGAAUGUAAGAAAUGAACAAGAUGUUUGUGAAGGACAGACAGACAAAGAGACCGACGCAAAUUGGAUUUUUCGAUCAAAAAAAAAAUCUCUGGAUUGGAAACAUGGAUUUCCUGCUCUGGCUGUUUCUCCUGUUCACACACCUUCAUGUUUCGGAUCAACAAACGACUCCAGUAGAUGACACAACUACACACAUGACUACAACUACCCGAGUCCCCACUCCUGCCCCAAUAGAUUGCAACACCCUACACUGGAGAGUUGACGAGACAAUUAUAGAGGUGGACGUCACUCCUGCAUUUAACAACGUAACGGCAUCCGGGCAGGGUGAAGAACACAGAGCUACAAUUGGAAAAGACAAAGCCAUUAUCAGCAGCUUACCAGCAGGGUGCACCUAUGAAGUAUCAGUUUGGAAGGACCAGUAUAAACUGUGUAAUAUUUCACGAUCUCUGAAUGCCCCUCCAGUUACAAACCUUCAAGUCAGUCCAAAUAGCACCUCUGGGUUAUCAGUAAGCUGGGAUCGUACUCCGGGCUGUAUUAAAGGAUAUGGGGUUUCAUACAAUGAUACACAUAUUGAAAAUAUUAUUGGAAAUGUUAACUCGACUGUCAUUGAGAAGCUUGACCCAGGCUGCCUCUACAUCAUCACAGUCACAACCAUUGCUGAUGGGAACGACUCGACACCAGUAAAUACAACUGGGACCACAAAUGCCCCUCCAGUUACAAACCUUCAAGUCAGUCCAAAGAGCACCUCUGGGUUAUCAGUAAGCUGGGAUCGUACUCUGGGCUGUAUUAAAGGAUAUAGGGUUUCAUACAAUGAUACACAUAUUGAAAAUAUUAUUGGAAAUGUUAACUCGACUGUCAUUGAGAAGCUUGACCCAGGCUGCCUCUACAUCAUCACAGUCACAACCAUUGCUGAUGGGAACGACUCGACACCAGUAUAUACAAAUGGGACCACAAACCCGUCCCCUGUCAGUGAUAUUACAGUAAUGAGCAAAUCGACCAAUCAGAUCAAUUACCACUGGACUGUGCCAAACAACACAAGAGUUGCUCAAUAUCAGUACAGUGUAACUCUUGAGAAUGUUGCCCCCAGUUCAACCGAUAAGAACAGCUACACUGCUAAUGAAUUAAAACCAGGGGAGAAAUACACCUUGUGCAUAGAAUCUGUGACCCCAGAACACACUAGGAGCACCCCUGAAUGUCUUUCAACCUACACAAACCCCAGUGCUCCAGUAGACCUGACUGCAAGCGAGAACACAACCACUGCUCUUGUGAGCUGGUCAGCGCCGAGCAGUGAUGUGAACUAUCAGAACUACACAUACCUGCUCAGCUGGUCCAGCAGUGAUCUGAACGAAUCGAAGGUUAUCAACGAGACCUCUGCUUCUCUGACAGCCCUGAUUCCAGGAUCCCUGUACAGUGUAAGAGUGCAAUCCCAGAUUGGAGACGCACAGAGCGUGGGAGUGUCACUGUCUAUUCUCACAGUUCCUGCUCAGGUGAGCUCUCUCCAGUGCUCUGCAGUGUCUGGGGGUUACAGUCUGUUGCUGAACUGGGGUAACCCUGCUGGACACUGGACGGCGAUAGAAGUGGACGUGUCCAAUGGAGACAAAAUGAAGGUAGAGAAGUGCGAGCCGGUCCAGUUUGAGACGAGAAUCAACGGGCUGAGCCCGGCUCAGUAUUACACCAUCUCGGUGACGACCGUGUCUGGAGAGAAGAGGAGCUUCAGAGCCGUUUCGAUUCGGUGCCAAACUGACACGACGGGUGUCAUCGUCGGCGCUGUGUUUGGAGUUCUAAUGCUCAUCUGCCUCGUGGUCUUUCUCGUUCUGUUCAUCCUGAGACGAUAUCCUGACCUACUGAGUUCUAGUUCCAAAGAUGACGACGCUCUGGAAUUUGCAUGUAAGAAGAUGAAACCGAUCGAAGUCAGUAAGUUUGCAGACUAUUUCCACAGACAGCAGGCAGACUCUGAUAUUGGAUUUGCAGAGGAAUAUCAGAGUUUGGGAGCGGUUGGCACUGAGCAGACAAGCAAAGCUGCCCUCCUACCGGAGAAUCGAGGGAAGAACAGAUUUACCAACGUCCUGCCAUAUGACUGGUGUCGUGUUAAGUUGAGUGCUAUUGAUGGAGAUCCAUUCUCAGACUAUAUCAAUGCAAACUUCAUGCCGGGCUAUCACACUGCGAAGGAGUUCAUCGCCGCUCAGGGCCCCUUGCCCAACACUGUGGAAGACUUCUGGCGAAUGGCGUGGGAGAACCAGGUGGAGGCCAUCGUCAUGCUGACCAAUUGCGUCGAGAAUUCAAAAGUGAAGUGUGAGCAGUACUGGCCUCUAGACUACACUCCCUGCACCUACGGAUGUAUUUCAGUCACCACGUCUUCUGAACAGAAGCUGCCUGACUGGACUCUCCGGGAUUUUACUGUCAAACACACGAAAUCCUUGGAAUACCGGACGGUCAAACAGUUCCACUUCACCGCCUGGCCGGAUCACGGUGUUCCGGAUAACACGGCCACCCUCAUCCAGUUCCGGGCUCUGGUCCGAAAAUUCCUGGACGAUCGGGAAGGGAGCGGUCCGGCCCUCGUACACUGCAGUGCUGGAGUGGGGCGCACUGGAACCCUGAUUGCUCUCGACUCCCUCCUGCUGCAGAUAGAGAGGGAGAAGGUUGUGGGGAUCCAGAGCUUCGUUCAGAAGAUGAGGCUCCACCGGCCUCUCAUGGUCCAGACAGAGUCCCAGUACAUCUUCCUGAACCAGUGCAUGCUUGACACCAUCCAGGGAAAGAUGAAGAACCCCGACGAAAACAUCUACGAGAACUUGAUCUAUGCCAACACCGCAGCCCUCGGGGAAUUCCACGCAACCAAUGGGAAUGCCUCGUAACUUCGCCCCGCCCCCUUCUGCUCUCGCACAAUCCAAUCACAGCACAGAGAAGGACAUCCCUUUAAAAAUGUCCCAUAGUGAAAGCAGAGGCAAGCAUUGUAAAAGAUCGAGAGGUGGAGUAAAACGUAUUAAUAAACAGCAACCAGACUAAACUCUGGGAAAUGCAGAGUGACCUUGGGAAAAGCAUGCCAGGGAACCUGUAAAUUACAGCAGUUUUAUAAGUUAAUAUCAGUUAAUAUGCCUGGUUACCCCUGUCUGUUAAUCAAAUUGACCAUGACUUUCAUAUUAGUAAAUGUGAAACCAAUAAUGUUUGGAAAUACACAUCAGAUGAAUGAGUUGAAUUACUGAUGCCUUUUUUGCACUUUGACAGAUUAAUUUGCCUUUAAAAAUGAAGCAUCUGUCUUGAAGAGAUUCAUUCUUAAUUUUUCAAGUUUGGCUCUCCUAAAUCAUUUAUAAGUGUACUGUAUAUAGGAUGUCAUUUUUCGACGUACAUUUUUAAAUGCUUGCAUAUCUACAAAAGAUGCGCUGCCUUUUCAAAUUACUUAUUUUUAUAUAUAUAUAUAGAAAUAUAUACUGGUGCAUUUGAAAUGCCUUUAAAAGAAAAAUCCAUUUGUAAGAAAUUGGCAUGCAAUCAAUAAAAUUUCACAAUGUUCCUUUUUUGUUUUGCAUGUGUAGCCAUGAGAUAUUGUGAUAGUCUGCUCAAAGUCGUCUAAAUUUAUUUAUUUAUUUUGCACCAGGUAAAGAGCCUGGCCGGUCUUUCUGCACCAGGUAAA